AGAACACUAAGAUGGCGGCCACCAGUGAAACCAUGUUACCUGAUUUCUCAGUUUUAAAACAACUUUCUAAGGAGCAUUUGGUUCACCUUUUGGAAUCAAUGCCUGAAACGAAAGAUUUGGUAAUAGACCCCGAUCUGAUGAGACCUUUGGACAGAAUAGCUGGAGCUCAACUCCUCAAGAGACAUGGUGUUGACAAAAUUUUCAAGUUGGAAAGUAACAAACUUGAAAUAAGUGGGGAUUCACGCAUGUACCUAGUCAGAUCUAAUGUAAAGAACAUCAAGAACAUUGCAGAUCAAAUUAAAUGUGACCAGAAGAAUGGAAGGAAGAAAAAGUACAAGAUAUUAUUUGUGCCAAGAAAGUUGUACAUCUGUGAAAUGUUGCUUGAACAAGAAGGUGUUCAUGGAGCUGUUGAAAUGGAUGACUUCAAGCUGGAUCUCAUUGCCUUAGACAGGGACAUCCUGUCCUUAGAAAUGCCAGGAUUCUUCCGAGACUACUUUGUGGAGGGUGAGCAUUCCUUACUACACACCAUAGCAACUUCCAUAGUCAAUCUACAAUCGUUGUUUGGCACCAUCCCCCAUAUCUACGGCCUGGGGCGAUGCGCUAAGAUGGUGUGGGACCUCGUCAACACCCUGAAAACACUGCAGGGGGAGCCCCGUGCCCCCAUCCGGAAUGAGAUUGGCCACCUGUUCCUGAUUGACCGGGAGGCUGACCUGGUCACUCCGCUAUGCACGCAGACUACCUACGAGGGGCUCCUGGAUGAAACCUUUAGCAUCAGAAGUGGUUAUUGUGAGUUUGGGCCGGAGGUGACAGGCACUGACAAGAGUUUGAGACUCUUACUGAACUGUGAAGACCAGAUCUUUGAUGAUAUUCGGGAUCGCCAUAUCUCCCACGUAUUUGGGUACCUGAGCUCAAAAGCCAAGAUGGUCCAAUCAGGCUAUCAGAAAGGACGGGAACUUCAGAAUAUCGGUGAUGUCAAAUCCUUUGUUCAAACAGAGUUAAAGGAUUUGAAGCAACAGUACAAGUCACUUACAAUACAUAUCGGGGCCUGCGAAAGAAUACUUAACCUCAAAAGCAAGCAGAUCAACUUUGAGGAGCAGCUCCAGACAGAGCACAGUUUACUUGAAGGCAUAAACAUGAAGGAAUGCUACACUUACAUUGAGGAACAAAUUGACCGACAGGGAAGUUGGAUGCAGGUACCUCCUGACAAGCUGCUUAGACUAAUGUGCCUACUGUCCCUGACACAAAAUGGCCUCCCUAGCAAGGACUACCAGACCCUACAGACCCACUUCCUGCAGAGUCACGGACAUAAGCAUCUGCUGACCUUCUCCAACCUGCGCAAGCUGGGCAUGUACACCGAGCAGCCCUCGGUGGAGGUCACUAAGAUGACGGCCACUGACGUCCGCAACAAGAUCACUGACAAGGCACUAAUGAAGAAGACAGCCUUCCGGAUGCUCUGUAAGAAGCUCACCCUGAUUCCUAAGUCAGGAGAAGUCAAUCUCAGAAGUCCCGAGGACAUGUCCUAUGUCUUCAGUGGCGCUUUCACUCCACUCACCUGCAGGCUUGUGGAGCAGGUGCUGGCCAAAGGUGGCUGGGCAGGACUGGAUGACAUCACCAAGUUACUUCCAGUGCCAACGUUCGCCGAGCACAAGGCCCAGUCGGCCAAAGGUCACGCAGGCAGUGGACAUCAACCAGUGUCACCUUCAGAAAAAGUAGUUCUGGUCUACUUUUUGGGCGGAUGCACAUAUGCUGAGACGGCAGCGCUGAGGUUGUUGGGCAAAAUCAAAGGGUAUCGGUUCAUCUUUGCCACAACGGCCAUCACCAACGGUGUGACUCUCAUCGGUUCCAUCAACGACGGCAAAAAAUAAAUCAUGGCUUUGUGUCAAGGCCCGCUUGCAGAGCUAUAUACUGAGAGAGUCGCGCCAGCUUCAGAUUUAACCACUUCCUGCUGGGGAUGCUUUAUAUGCGUGCCCGGGGUCUGCGAACUCGGACAAAAGGAACAGGGCCUUGUAACAAAAGACCGUACUCGGAACAAAAGCCCAGGCUGCUGGGAAUUACCAACAUUU